CUUUAAUCCAGUCACAACGACUAGAGUUUCGUACUAAACAACACAUACCAUAGUUCGCUUUCGCCUACUCUCCAGGAGAGCAACCUUCGUAUCCAGCAGAUCCGACUUUUCACAACCCUUUUCCCCUUUUGCCGCGAAUAUUCCUCCCCAAACUCCUCUUCUCCUCCGCGCCUGCAGGAAUGCUAUCACAUGAGCCUAUCCUUAGUUUGGCUUAUUGAUGAAAAUCCAGCCAAUCCACUCCAGUCUACACCACCAUGCUUUCGUUCGUCUACCUUCUGCUCGCGUCCCUCGCUUUUGCCUCUGCCAACCCCGGCAGGUUCGACUACUCGCUCUCCGCCGACCAGUUUUCCGCGCAGUUCCCAGACAUUUCCUUUGCUCUCGAUGAGGAUGGGAGGCACUAUAUUAUCUCCCAAAACCACCGCGUUGCCGUCGAAAAGAACUCAUUCUUGUACAAGGACUUGGACAACUUGUACGACAAGAAUGAGUUCUUGCGGGACGCCUGGGCAACCGUGGAGGCUCCUGGGGGCCUUUGAGCCAAGAGUGGCACCACACAAUAGCAGCACAGAAUGACCCAUUUCCACCGGUGUCAUCUGCCUCCAGGGCCAGUCCAGGGCCAGUUCAGGCCCUGCUCAGGCCUUGCUUCCGAGUCUGGCAGGCAGAAGUCAGCUUGGAACUCUUAA